CUUUCUUUUUUUAUUUUCAUUUAUUAUUAUUAUUAUUAAAUAAAAUGUUUGUGUGUGAUGGUGCUUUUCCUUUUUCUUUUGAAGAAGGGAAGCACUUAGGAGGUGAUUUUAGUCCAAAAUAAUCAACAACAACAAAAUGCAAUAUUAUUAUUAUUGCUCCAAAGAUGAAGAUGAUGAAGCUCUUGUUAGGCUGUUCUACAAUCUCUCCUCCUCCUUCUUCCUUGUCUUCUUCUUCCUCUCCUUCUCUUCCAUUUUACUUUUCAAAUCCUUCUAUUUCCUUGGCUCCCCUUUAUUCCCAAGAAAUGAAUAUGAAUAUGAAUACAACGCCGUGUCAUCCGAGGAGGGGAAAGAAGAAGAGGAAGAGGAAGAAGGAUAUGGUAAUGGAAUCUACGGUAAGGUCGAAGCGAUGUCUUUUCUUGAUAAAGAAGCCGAAACUCGGAUGAGUCGAUGGCAACGCCAACUUCCAGAUAAUGAAGAAAUAUUAUUAACGGACAUGGAGGAGCCUUGGAUUACUAUGGAAUCCACAGACCUAGAUGACCAAAUUACAACCAAUAGCUCAGUUUAUGAGUCCCCACAAACCUCACAACUAGAUGAAUAUCAUCAUCAAGAAGAUGACGAUGACGAUGACCAGAUGCUAGAAGAACUUACGGACUCCGAGCGGGUUGUGAGACAAGUAUUGAAGGUGAAUUCUUGUAGAAUGUCAUUGGACUUGAAGAAGAAGAGAUUGGUGGAGGAUAAUGAUAAUAGAAGAAACGAAAGUUAUUAUGGAAAUUACUUGAUGAAGAAGGAGGAAGAGAUUGUUGUCAAAGAGAAUAACAAUGGGAAAUAUUUGGUAUUUGGAGCAAAUGAAUUAUUGGAUAGAAAAAGUAAAGAAGAAGAAGAGAUAUUUGGGGAUUCAUGCACAGUUGGGUCAACUUCAAAGAGUUCAUCAGAGUGGAGAAGCUCAAUAAAUUGCAGAGAUUCAUCAGGAACUGAAGAUCCAUUUUCAUCUUCUUCAAGAAGAAGCUGUCCCAAGUGGGAAUCCUACACUGUUUUCCAGAAAUAUGAUGAAGAAAUGAUGUUUCUUGAUAGAAUCACUGCCCAAAAGCUUCAUGAAACAGAGUCAUUAAGGUCAAUUAAAAUGUGCCCAAGAUCAAUAUCAGAGAGAAUUGUUUAUAAAUUGUCAACAAUAAACAAGAAAGGUUCAGAUGUGAAACAAAAUCCAUAUCAUGAAUUGGAAAGUGCUUAUGUAGCACAAAUUUGCUUGACAUGGGAGGCUCUUAAUUGGAAUUACAAGAAUUUUGUGAACAAGAAACUAAGUAGUUGUAAAAGAUCAGAUAUGGAUAAUGGAUGUCCAGGCAAAGUUGCUCAACAAUUUCAACAAUUUCAAGUUCUUCUUCAACGUUACAUUGAGAAUGAACCUUAUGAACAUGGCCGUCGACCUGAGAUUUAUGCUCGUAUGAGACUUUUGGCUCCUAAUUUGCUCCAAGUUCCUGAAUUUAUAGAUUCAGAAGAUGAGCAAAUAAAGGGGGAAGGAGGAGGUGGUUAUGGUUCAAGAAUAUCCUCACCAUCUUUUCUAAUGAUAAUGGAAGAUGGAAUAAGAACCUACAUGAAUUUCCUCAAAGCAGAUAAAGAGAAACCUUGCCAGAUUGUAGCUUCAUUUUUCAAGAGAAAAAAAAGGGCUGCUGUUGAUCCAACUCUCCUCCAACUGAUGAAGAAAGUUAACCAAAAAAAGAAGAUAAAGCUUAAAGACCUUCGUCGUGCUGGGAAGUGCUUGAGAAAAAGGAAGCUAAGCGUGGAGGAAGAAAUGGAGAUUUUGAUGGCUCUUAUAGACUUAAAAGUGGUUUCAAGGGUUUUAAGAACUGUGGAUUUAAGCGAACAACAACUCCAUUGGUGCGAGGCCAAAAUGAGCAAAGUUAGGAUUUUGGAUGGGAAACUUCAUAGAGAUUCCUCACCACUUUUCUUCCCAGCUCAUUGAGUAUAUCAUCAAUCAAAAAAAUAAAAAUAAAAAGCUCUCUCUAGCUCAUAUCUCUUAAUUUUAUCGAGACCUCACCAAAAAAGUUGAUAUUUUUGUUGCUUUGGUGAGUCAGCUAUGGAGGAAAAGUGAAUAUCCUUAGGACAUGAAUGUGCAUGGGAACACAAAAUUCAAGCAAUAAAGCAAGAAGGGUUUGUUUUGGAUCAUGUGGUUAUAUAUAUAAAUAUAAAUAUAACCAAAAUUUAAAGUGAAGCAAGAAGGGAUGAAAGGAAAAAGGCAGCAAAAACAUGUUAUGAAAGAAGAUGGGGACAAAUUGAAAAGACAAGAUAACUUUAGUUUUUGCCCCCUUUUUUUUUUUUUUUACUUAAACUUUUGAGUUAAGGUUUAUUUUAAUUUUGAAUGAUGGAAAAAAAAAAAAAAAAAAAAAAAAGGAGAAUUGAUGGAUGGGUUGUUUCUUCCUAUAUUACAUUUAAUGGGUGUAGUUGGAAUAAGAGUGAAUGUAUUGCAUAGUUUUUAUAGAUUAUUUAGUUCUUUCUACUUUUUAGGGUUUAGCAAAUAGAGAGGGAAUAAAAAUGGCUUAAGUUUUCAAUA